CUUCAUCUUUGACCACCACAUCCAAUCGUGAAACGCAGCAUCAUUCGCUCUGCUGAGAACCGUCUUCGCACUCACAUCGAGCUCAUCUACCGCACUCUUUUGACCUGUUCCAUGCUUGGACGCGGUCUCUUCGGGCGCUCAGCUGGACGAUGUGAAGAGUCAAGACUUGCUGGCCAGCACCUUUUAGGCUCUUCUUCAGUAGUGUCUGCAUGAGCUGCGAUUCGACGACUAGAGGAAAUUCCUUGAGUCUCGUUUCCGGGCGCUGCGAUACAGAAGACUUCGUCAUCGACAUUUGCAGGCGAAAGUUUCAUCAGUGUACGCGCGAUGUCUUCGGCUCCAGCACGUCGACGUCCCAAAGGGCCUUUGCACCCACCAUAUCGAGGUGCGCCCACGUCCGGCAUUAGCAUGUCCGGACCACAGGCUCGACACGGGGGUGGCGCUGUGCCCUCUUCACCUACGGAAGGAACAGACUUAGGUCUCGGCUUCCUUCCUCAGCAGCCAAUCACCCCUAGCCGCAAAAGGAAUUGGACUCCAAGCAUCCAGAGUAUCUCCGAACCCUAUGCUGGACAGUCUGGCUGGUCCUCCCAUGCUCCCUCCAGCAGCUCGUUUGGCGCAGCAGCGGGCGGCGUGGCUGAUGAUCCCGUGUAUGCGCAGCAUGCCGCUCGCGGAUAUGAUCGGGACACCUUGACUUCGUCUUUCGAGUCAUCUUCACGCGCGUGGGAGACGCUAAGUCGGGCUCAAGAAGCAUCACAAGCUGCGCAAGCACGAGAAAGACAGCAGACACUAGCGAUCGCCAGUCAUGGCCAGGAAGAGCCAGCAACGAAGAAGCGCAAAGGUGUAGCGGGUACUAUCGUCGAAGGCGCUGUAAACACUGCCUUAUAUGCCGGCGCAGCCGCUAUCACGGCGUAUUCCCUCUGGUCAUCUUGGGGCCGUCGGCCUUCGGAGACCGAGCAAGCAUCCGCUCAGGAUCAAGCGAUCUCGCCUCCCACUCCGAGCAAGACAACGCUUCCUGGAGGUCUACCAGACUACUUCCCACCGCCACCGUAUGCUGAAGCACCGCUAUCACCAUCUGCUUCGAGCGUCGGCUCAUCGGUUGCACAGAACGCGAGGCGGGCACAGAAUGUCUACAUCUCCCGUCGCAGAAGGCGACCCGUAUUUCAAAGCUAUCGGAACAUGACCGUCGGUCGUCAGAUGGAAGACGGUCUUGCAACACCUAGCACGUCAGCAACCUCCGUAACAUUGCCAAGCGACAUCAUGGAGGCCGGGUCAAGUGACAUGGACGCAGAUGAUGACGAUGACGAAUUCUCUAGGCUCAACAAGCGCAUGGCAGCCAUGAUAGCGGAAGGCCAAGCUGGUGAGCUGCGCUCUUCGUUGAUGAUGUCGAAAGCCCUCGCUUGAGCCGAUACCGUGCCGAGGCAAAGCCAUGCAAGCGUGCUGACCGCUUCAAUCCUCAUUUCU